UUUUAUGGUUACACUAAAAGAAAUUGGAAAUUUGCAACGUUUAUCAGUUGAUUUAAUUUAAACAGGUUCUGUGGGAAUUAUUUGGUCUGUCGGUGUAUGCACAGCGAGGUUUCUUGAGGAGCACAGCGCAGCCGCAUGCACGGGCAUCUAAUGAAGGUGUGCAGGUAAUAUUUUGAGAGCCUAGUAAGACGCCAUGUCUGAAGAGGCAGUUUCAGAAAGUGACGUUGAGCCCAGCCUUAACAGUGAAUUGGAGUAUUUGGAAAAUGAGGAAGAGGAGGAUAAUGAAGACCUGGAGGAAGAUGAGGAUGACAAUGAUGGAGACGAUGAGGAUGAUGGUAUCGAACGACCUGGGAGUUCACAGAGCAGGACAGAAGCCACUCAGGAUGACAGGGAUUCUCCUUCACCUACCUCAGGAGAGCCAUCCCCCGAGCCUCCAUCUCAGCCCACGUCCCCACCCUCCUCCAGACCUCCCUCUAGGUCUCAGCCUCCAACCAGCCCAGAAACCCCAAACAAGAGCAAGCCACCUUCCAGCAAAACAAAGAAACAUAAAUCCUCAAAAUCAUCCAAAUCUUCUAAGUCCUCAAAAGGCUCCAAACCUUCCAAGCUAUCGAAGCCUGUACACAUGAGGAAGAAUAUCAGAAAGCUGCUGAAAGAGGAUCAGUUGGAGGCUGGGACCAAGGCUGCCCAACAGGAGGAGAUGGACCGGCGGAAACGUCUGGAGCAGCAGAGAAAGGACUUCCCGACAGCAGCUGUCCCAGAUUCACAGCUAGUCGACGCUGCUUCAAUUUUAGGAGAAGUAUCUCACUUGGUCCCUGCUCUGCUGAGCAAGCAGGAUGUGAUCUGUCUGGACAGCAGUGGUGAUGAGGAGGAGGAUAUAAAGGACCCAAGGCUGCCUGCACUUGACAUUAGAGAUGAUAUAAUCGAGCUUAGUUCUGGGGAUGAAGACGCCCUGCAGAUAAGCAGCGAAUCGGCCGAUGAGGAUGCCGAUGGCACCUCAGAGGAAAGCAGUGGGGCACACAUCAAUGACGCUUUGAAUCUGCCUGAUGCCCAGGGUCAAGUGCUGGUUAACAUCAGUCACCCUGCAGAGGAGAAAGACAUUUACCUUGCUCCACAGUUGGCCAAGGCGGUCAAACCUCACCAGAUUGGGGGAAUCCGGUUUCUCUAUGAUAACCUCAUUGAGUCUCUGGAGCGGUAUAAAACAAGCAGUGGCUUUGGCUGCAUCCUCGCUCACAGCAUGGGGUUGGGCAAGACACUGCAGGUCAUUUCCUUCACUGACAUCCUUCUGAAGAAUACUGAGGCUCACACUGUGUUGACCAUUGUUCCUGUGAACACACUUCAGAACUGGCUGACGGAGUUCAACCUCUGGCUCCCACCACAAGAAGCUCUUUCCCCGGACACUGACCCUGCAGUCAUCACAGGCCGCACCUUCAGAGUUCACAUUCUCAACGAUGAGCACAAAACUACGAUGGCCAGAGCCAAAGUUGUGGAGGACUGGUCCAGAGAGGGAGGAGUCUUGCUGAUGGGUUAUGAGAUGUACCGACUGCUAUCUAUGAAGAAGAGUUUUGUGACAGGUAAGAAGAGGAAAUCAAAGAAGCCUGCAGGACCAAUCAUCAUCGACCUGGAUGAAGAAGAUAGACAGCAGGAACUCAUGAAAGGUAUUGAAAGGGCCAUAGCGCGGCCUGGCCCAGAUGUGGUCAUAUGUGAUGAGGGUCAUCGCAUUAAAAACUACCAUGCCAGCACAUCACAGGCCCUGAAGAACAUCCGCUCCCGGCGCAGAGUAGUCCUGACCGGUUACCCAUUGCAGAACAACCUCACUGAAUACUGGUGCAUGGUGGACUUUGUUAGGCCCGACUUUCUGGGAACUCGUCAGGAGUUCAGCAACAUGUUUGAGCGGCCCAUUCUUAACGGGCAGUGCAUGGACAGCACACCUCAAGAUGUGCGCUUGAUGCGCUAUCGCAGCCACGUGCUGCACAGCCUGCUGGAGGGUUUUGUCCAGAGACGAGGUCAUGAUGUGCUGCAAGACCAGCUCCCCUCCAAGGAGGAGCAUGUGAUGUUGGUGCGGCUCUCUCCCAUUCAAAGGGCGCUGUAUACAGAGUUCAUGAAACGCUUCCGAGAAGCAGGGAACAGUGGCUGGCUCGGCCUGAACCCACUCAAAGCCUUCUGUGUGUGCUGCAAGAUCUGGAAUCACCCAGAUGUCCUCUAUGAAGCCCUGCAGAAGGAGAAUCAGGCCAACGAGCAGGACCUGGACCUCGACGACAUCACGUCAGCAAGUAACGCCCGCUGCACUGCACCCGGUGCUGGCCUCAAAGCAAAAGUAGCCGACUCAAGCAACAGCAAAGUCAACAACACCAUGCCACUACUCAAUCACUCUCAGGAAAGAGCCAACCAGGUCAUCACAUAUGAAUGGGCAAAGGGCAUAAUGGCAAACUACUGCACUGGACUUCUGGAGAACUCUGCCAAGAUGAUUCUGCUCUUCCAUUUGAUUGAGGAGAGCGUACAAAAGAGAGACAAGAUUUUAGUCUUUAGUCAAAGUUUGUCCACCCUGACGGUCAUUGAGGAAUUCUUAGGAAAGAGACCCAUGCCGGCAGGCGUCACCCCCCCUGACACCCAGAGACAAAACUGGGUUCGCAACCUCAAUUACUACAGACUGGAUGGGAGUACAUCUGCCUCAGAAAGAGAGCGCCUUAUAAAUCAAUUUAAUGACCCAGAGAACACCGCAGCAUGGGUCUUCCUACUUUCUACAAGAGCGGGAUGCUUGGGGGUAAAUCUGAUCGGGGCCAACCGUGUCGUUGUGUUUGAUGCCUCCUGGAACCCGUGUCAUGAUGCUCAGGCAGUGUGUCGGGUGUACCGCUACGGUCAGAGGAAACCUUGCUUCAUUUACCGCCUCGUCUGUGAUUUCACCUUGGAGAAAAAGAUCUAUGACAGACAAGUCUCCAAACAGGGCAUGUCUGACCGCGUGGUUGACGACCUGAACCCGGUGCUGAACUUCACUCGGAAGGAAGUGGAGUCGCUCCUGCAUUUUGUGGAAGAAGAACCUGAUCGAAGCCCUCUGCAAGUGGGGGAUGAGUUUGAAGCUGUGAUGCAAAAUGCUUGUCAGCUUUACCCGCACCUCAUCUCCAAGCAACCUUUUCAUCACGAGUCUCUGCUGGUGGACCGGAAAGAGUCGAAACUGACUAAAGCAGAGAAGAGAGCCGCCAAGAAGAGCUAUGAGGAUGAGAAACGAGCCUCAGUGCCCUACUCUCGCCCCUCGUAUGCCCCUUAUUACCCAACAAGUGAUCAGACACUCACAAACAUACCAGCAUUCAACCAACGCGGCUGGCGUGCCAUGGUGCGACCCGAUGACAAGCCUGUGGCAAGUGUUAGACCCAUCCAGUCAACCCCAAUUCCCAUGAUGCCACGCCAGGCUGGCAUGGGCAUGUCUGGCUCCAGCUCUGCCGGCAGUCUGCCUGUCAACUUCUUACAGAAAGCUGGAGUUCAUGUGCAGAGGAUCGUCACUUCAACUGAUAUUGUAAUCCCAGGAUCCAACAGCACAACAGAUGUUCAAGCAAGAAUUACUGCAGGAGAGAGCAUCCAUGUGAUCAGAGGAUCAAAAGGUACCUACAUUCGGACAAAUGAUGGAAGGAUUUUUGCUAUUCGAUCUGGAAAACUCAGUAGGCCUGCAGUUGGGGGCUCUGCGACCUCAAGAGACACCCAGGGUUCCCACAUCCAUCCACUCAGUAACGGCUGCUCGUCGCCUGCGGAUCAGCAGCAGGGCUCCCCCAGCGAAGAGCAGCGGCCGUCCUCUCCCUUAAGUUCAGAGAUCCUCAGAGAGCUCAGCCGCUACACUUCAUCCACAGGUGAUGCCAACGCCAGCAGUGGGAAUGAGUUGCCGUCAGAAAUGAUGGCAUUACCAGCGGGGGAUGAAGGAUCGCAAUACAACCAGACCAGUGAUCUGAGCAGGGAACUCGGUGAGGACCUCUUGAGCUCUGCUUUAGAGAUGCGUGGCAGCAAGCGCAGAAGUACUGAGAGCCAGGGCAACACAUCGAUGGGAAGCAAACGCACUUCUGCUGCAUCACGUUACCCCGGGCUGUCCAUGGGCUCCAGCAGGCUCAGUUUCCCCUCUGCUGGUCUGAACUCAUCCUCCGUACUGGGGAACCUGGGUCACAUGAGUCACCCUCUUCUAAUGGGUGGUAGUGGUGGGUCCUCAUUCCUUCAGAAUCCAGGACAAACACUGGCUGACCUACAAACCAUGUUCACCUCUGCAGGCUCGGACCUACUGAGACAGCCUGCCACAGGGAACGGACACCUUCCCUCCUCCUCGUCCUCCUCUCUGUCUCCCGUUUACUCCUCUGCUUCGGCCACCAUCCCUAUGUCAUCUACACCCUCGGCAGCAACUUCCUCCUCCCUGGCUUCAGGUUCUCUACCUCCGUACCUGAUGAAUCCCAACAUGGCCGGCCUGCUUUCCUCAGGCUUCCCCCUCAACUACAGUCAGUCGCUGCUCUCUGAGUCGAGGAUGUUCUCCAGCCCUCUCCUUCCAGGGGGAUUUCAAAUGCCCAACUCCAGUUCCAACACAUCCAGUUUCCUCUCCCAUUUCAACAACCCCACUUCCAGCCUUUUGGGGGCAGCUCUUAGCCAACCGGACAUACAUCAGAGUACAGAGAAUGGCGGAAGUAGUUCUGAUGACGAUGUUAUUGAGGUGACAGGACAGUAGAGAUUCAAGGUGUUGGAGGCGCAGUUUCACAUAUAACACAGUUUCAUCACUCACAGCUAACAUAAAAUACAGAAGGAUUGGAAAUGAUUACUGUUUUUAUAAAUGAACUAGUUUGAUUCUGUUACAGCAUCAUUUUCGCAGACAGAGUGGGAAAUUCCACAAUGAUGACUUGACUGGUCAUCUACAUUUUAAAUAAAUACAACUUUUCUGGAACUAAAAAAGAUCAUUAUUAAUCCCAAACAACAACUAACAAUUUGUAAAAUCUUGUAAUAAGUUAAAUGUGUUUCAAGCCCUUAAAUCUGUUUUACAUAAUCACCUGUGAAGUGAACUGCAGUCCCAUUCCUAAUGGUCUCAUGAAACUACACACACACACAAACAGACUUUCACCUGCAAUGAGAACGUGUACCUUAAUACAUUUUCAAAGUCAGAGCAACAAAUCUUUAUGCUGAAUAUCUGGGACUUGUUCAGCUGAAGCAUCAUAGCAGUGGUAUCAGAACUUUGGCGUUCGGGGACCAGCUGAAUCUUUCAGAGGCUUUCUAGCCUCGUCUGAUACACUUUAAAGCGAGGCCUCGCCUUUCUGUUAUUUUUAUUUCCCGUGUUCAGAGGAAAUCAUGUGGCGAAAACCGCUUAAUGUCAGAUGAUAUAUUGAUGUGAAACAGUCUACUGCAAACCAAAAUUUGACUUACUGUUCCACGUGUCAGCAGUACUCACCUGCUGAACACUAAUAAUAACACAAUCAUUUUAUUUCAGCACAAUUUCCUUUUCUAGUAAACAAUUCUAUAAAGCUAAAAAGUACAAAUAACUCACAAUGGCUACAGAACAUGGGCUUAAUAUUUGUCAAAAAUCCUUCCUUUAACAACAGAAAUCUUAGGCUUUCUGAGAAUACUUCACUCUUUAGCGAUUUGAUAGGCGUUGUAGCAUCCUCUGUUGAAAGGAUAUUAUGUGUGAUACUAUAACUGAACAUGUUGAUACUUUGUAUAUAGCAGUCAUUAUCAUUGUUUAUAUUGCAAGUCAAUAAUGUGCAGUGUGUAGAUUUUGGUUGUAGGUAGGGAGAUGUUUUAUUAUUACAGUCAUGAUGAUAAACAUGCUCUUGCAUUUAUGCAGAGGAAACAAAUUUACGUUAAACUUUAUAAUUUACCUUUUUUUGUUACCCCCUUAAAACUAAAAUGAAUGUAUUUACUGUUAGCCUUUGAUAACAUAGGGGCUUUGAACAUGGAUUCGGACUGUGUUCUUUCAUAUUUAGCCUUAAAUAACACAAAGGGGUCUUGAGUCUUAGCAUUUAUCUUAGUGCAUUCUUUUACAAAUCUGUUAGAAGAGUUACUGAGUAUUUAGACAGUCGGUUUCAAGCAAAAAGAAAACAAGUGUCGGGCAGAUUCAGCAUUGUGAUAAGUGUGAAGCUCAAAGGAGCACAAAUGUUUAAUGUUGCUUACUCAUUGGCUUCUUUUGUUGCAGUUUUUACAGAUCAGUCAGCAUUGACUAUACAUGUAUAUUUGACCCCUUUUUUCCACCACCUUGCCAAAAACAAACACAACCCAAACAGUAAAAACAUUGCAUUCAUGCAGCCUGAGUCAAGGUCCAUCAAAAGGGAUAUCAAACGCUUCACUACGACCACCUCUGACUGGCAGACACAGGUCCGGUGUUAUGGUGGCCUUACCAAAAUGACAGUGUCAUAACGUGGUAGCUUUUUACAGAGGUGCGUCUUAUAAAGCAGUGCUGUGUAAGUAGGUUCUGUCAGUCGUGUCGGUCAUUGUAGGUCUGCAGUGCUUUAGGGGGUUUAGGUCUUUGCUGUUCUCUGUAGCCUUGUGUUUAUGUGUUGUGAUGACACCUCAAGGUAUGUAGAUUUAGAAAAGUCUCUCUCUUCUGUUGGUAAAAUAGGCCAGAUGCAGUUGUUGUUGUUAGCCUUUUUAGAAAAACUUGGAUAACCUGACUCAACAGAUCAUUCCCUUUUUUGGAAGUUUCUUUUUUUUGUAGAUCUCUUUCCUUGCGGGAACCUUUUGAUCUCACAGACUAAGUACUGUUCCCUUACUGUUACUGAUGGCUGCUUCCAGUUGUUGUUCUGGAUGUUUCCUUUCUUUCAUCAAGGAUGUAUCCAGUUCACCAUCUCUUGGAAUCUUGAAAUGGUUUGUGUUUGACCUGGCACUUUCAAAUGGAUCAUAUCUGUAGGUUAAAUGUAUGAGGUAAAUCCUACUGACGCCUUGUCUUUAUUCUCGGUCUUCUCGAAAAACACUUUAACAUUUCAGUCUUUGAAAUUAUCAGUUUAUAAAACAAAACCUGUCUGCCAUUUCUUGUCAAAUAUGGGGAAUUUCUAUGUUUAAUUAAAUAUUUCUUCUUUUUAAAUGUUUUUUAUAACUUCCUAUUGGUGUUUACUCACCUGACAGUUUCUGUUUUUUCAACGUUAGCGUCCAAAAGUUAUUUAUUUAUGAUGGAAAAUAUACAUACUUUUUUUGUAAUUAUGUUUUUUAACUUUGUGUUCACUUCGACCCAUUGAUGACUGAUCCAGUAAGAAUUUCGUAAACGCAGCCUAAUGCGAGCAUAAUAUGACCGUGUUAUCAAUGUUAUUUUAACAAUAAAACACUCUUCUAUUGCAUUCUGAA